AUGCAGAGCCUGUCAAUCCUCCAUGUGGACCAGGAUGGUUUCAGGCCGGCCUCGGCCGCCUUGGGCCCGGAGUCUGCGGCGCUGGCGCAGCUGAAGGCCUUGCACGAGCUCGAUCAGAAGUCCAUCUUGAGUUCCAUGGAGGCCAAUGCGGUGAGGCGCAAGGAGCAGGGGAACAGGGCCAUGGAGAAGAGUGAGUAUCGUCACGCGGUGAAGGAGUACAGCCAUGCCCUGAGGCAUGCCCAGGACAUGAUGGACUUCCUGGAGGUCGAGAAGUUUCAGCCUAUGAAUGGAUACCAACUGAGAGCCCUGGCGAAGGGAGUGCCACUUCCUGGCCGUGGGCCGGCAGCUUUGCAGCCCUUUCGUGCGGUGGUCUUGGCCAGCCGGGCCUUGGCCUUCCUUCGCCUGGACGCCUACGACCGCGCAGCACAGGAUGCCGAGCUGGCCUGCCAGCUCGAGCCCCGAUUUUUGAAGGCGUGGAUACGCCGAGCGGCCGCCCUCGCCGCUGCGAAUCUUCGCUCGGAAGCCCUAGAAGUUUUGGACGAGGCUCUGUGUAAAGCCUGCCCAACAGACCUCUUGCGUGAGCAGGUGUGCAAACUAAUUGUGAACCUCCGAAACCUGGUCAAUGUCGAGGUCAAAGAGCCAGAGAAGGACCUGCCGGUGAUUUUCGCCGAGGCGGACCAAGCACAGAGAAACCGUCCAGAGGAGAGCAUAGCAAGAGAGGAACGGAGGAGUCUGGGGAUAUAUCAAGGCCAUCGGGAAGUCCAAGUCCUGGCGACGCUUGAGUCAUUGAGUCUCGCAUGCCGGGCAACAAUCAGCAAGAUGCCAACCAGCUUCCUCGCACGACGACCUGCACUGUCCCAAGAGACUCGAGCUCGCUUGUACCCCAAGACGCCUUCCGCGAAUCGGCAUGUUUCAGCCGGCAGUGAUGCCUUCGUCUCUCGGCUCGUGAACUUGGCGAUCGACUUCAAGGGCGAUGCAGCGACAGCAUCAAGAGAAGGGCCAAGGUACCUUCGAAGAGGCCAAGUCCGUGAGGAGGUUGACUUCGAGGUGCACGGAUCUCCUGGCCAUUGGCAAGAGGGUGUCAGCUCUGUGCAGGACCUAGACUUGCUGCAGUUCUGGCUGGCCUUGCCGGACAAGGCGCGCCUCGGCGUCUUGAUGAAGCCAGAGCAAGCACGAAGGGUGAUCCAGGAGUAUGUUGCGGGUAAAGGAGCGGCGGAAAGAGUCUCUCGAGCAUUCACCGCGAAGUUCGGCUACGAGACCCGAGAUGUGACAGUUCUGUUCAGAUUUUGGCAGUCCAUGCCCAACAACAUCCGGGCGGGCUUGCAGGUCCGUGGCUACUCCAAUCACGAGGCAUGCCGCUUCUCAGCUCCGACUCCUCCGCAGAGCAGGUUCCUCCGAAGUCACCUAGAGAAGGAAAGAGGAGUCCCUGGCGACCAGCUGGAGAACUUCCGGAGAUGUCUUGAUCAGCCUGGCAUGUUUUAUUCCGCCAUGGUGAUCUCCCGCAUUUCGUCAUUGCUUCGUGCCAAGAAUGGUCUUGGGUACUUGAUGAUCAUCUCGAUACAGUUUGGCAUACAGCCAUUGCUUGCGAAGCAGUUCAUCCAUCGUGACUGCGUGACAAGUUCCUUGGUCUUUUGCGCAGAGAUGGCCAAAGUCGUUGGCUGCCUUGCGAUUAUGUUUCUAGACGACACGGGCAAGAGGUGCUUCAGGAACUGGAAACUCCAGGAUUGCCUGCUCGCAGCAGGCAUCCCCUCCGUCACCUACGUGGUGCAGAACUUUUGCGUACAGGUCGCGUACCAGAACCUUGAUGCGGUGGUCUUUAAUGUGCUGAAUCAGUCCAAAGUGUUGUUCACAGCUCUGUUCUCCUUCCUCAUCAGUGGAAGGAGGCAAUCACUGCAACAGUGUGUCGCUCUGGUGCUCGUCACCGCCGGCGGAAUCCUGGUGAGCAUCCCCGACAGUCCGCCUGCGCAGGCGGACGAGAACUCAGAGAAGCAGGAGGAAAGGCGUUUUCUCGGCCUUGUUUGUUCCGUGGUGGGCGCCGCGCUUAGCGGCCUCGGCAGCGGCAUUGCGGAAUGGGCGCUGCAGAGGCGAGGACGAAACAGCUUCCUCCUUUCCUUGGAAUUGGCCUCGAUGGGCUGCACGAUUAUUGGCACAACUUCUUUGCUGGGUCUUUCGCCCGACAGUGUCAGGAUGCGAGAACACGGCCCUUUUGCUGGCUGGACUUUGUGGACUUGGGUUCCCGUACUUUGCCAAGGCCUGAGCGGUAUCAUCGUCGGAAUCAUCACGCAAGUGGCCGGUGGUGUCCGGAAGGUCAUGGCCACCAUUUGCGGUCUUAUUUUGACUUGCGUGCUGCAGCAGGCUUUAUUUGGCAUGCACCUAACGUGGCUAGUUCUUGCCGCCGUGCCUCUCGUUGCGAGCGGUAUCUAUCUUCAUGCAAGUUUUCCGCCGCCUUCGCAACAUUUGAGCCAUCGAUCACAGGCCACACAAACACUGACUUUGACAUCCCCGGUGACGACUCCACGAGGCCAAGGCAAGAGGCGAGACAUCAGUGCCCUCGCCCGCUCAAGACCGCGCGUGGACGCGCUGGAUUUCGUCCGAGCAAUUGCAAAGCGCUUUCCGGAGGAUAAGACCUUGAAGCACAUGCUGAAGCAGUGCCUGGAAGGUGAUCCCAGUGCUGCAGCCGCAGACACAGACGCCUACAACUUGCUGGUGGACACGACUGUUCUGAAGCAGGCAAGCCGUGACAAGACACCAAAACCAGCUGCCGGACAAUUGGAUGCUCGAUUGAAAUUGAAGGUGCCUCAAGAGGAGGGUUCUUUCCAGACCUGGCUGAGCCAAGACGCAGAUAGGGCUGGGAGGUUUCUCCACUUGCUGCAAGACGCCAGCAAGGUCUCUAGAAAGAUUCGAAGCUACAUGCGCCACCGCGCCAAGCAGUGCUUGGAACGAGGCGCACGGCUUGGUCCAACAGGACCCGUGGUUCCAGCCAGGAAUAGGACAGAGGCAGACCUUCCCGCCUUGUACGUCAUUGAGGACACCUUCGCUCAUCUUUGUCGCAGAUUUGGUGCGAACGAGGUCUACAUUCGUUUUGGCCCGUACUAUCUGUGUCGCACCGUCAACGACUCCAAGGAAACAAAGCCCCUCAUUGAAGAGAUACCUGAUUCAACAUCCGGUGGUGCGGUCGUUGACUGUCCAACUCACGGCGUCUCCUGUGGGCCCCGCAUUUCUGCCGCGGAGCCCGACCAGAAGACUGGGUGGCAUCCAAACAUCGCAAGCCCCGAGUUCAGCUCCGGGGGAUCCUGGUGGCAGAUGGACCUGGGGCGACUCCACAGCUGCACAGGACUACGGUUGGAAUGGUCUGUGCCCACCAUCAAGAAGGUCACCUACGCCACCCAUGCUGAAUUCCAGUCGGACUUGCUUCUGGCAACGGGUGAUGGCCACCAAAUUGUCGUAACUCAGGUGCGCGAUGGAGGCAGAGCCUUCCUGCACGGGGUAAAACCUGGGGACGUCCUACAGCUGAAUGCUGGCGGAAGUACAGAUGCUGCGUUCGUUGGGCUUUCACCUGCGGACGCCAUGGCGAAGAUCGUGAAGGACUUCACGCCGCCACUGACAUUAGUCUUCAAGGGCACAAAGCUCAGCGGCGACAACCGAAGGCUGCAGAGUCUGCUGCAGCAGCCACUGAAGGUCAGAGUGCUUGUGAGCAAGAAGCACGUCGCACCCUCUACAGAUGCUCCAGGGGAAUGGGAGCAAGUUCUAGAGCAGGAAGUUACCGCGACCACGCAGCAUCCUAGCAUCGUGCCCAGCAUCUUUGUUGCGCGUUGGGUGCAGCUACGUUUCGACAGCGCAUGGCCCAAACUUGACAACGAGGCCCUCGCCGUGUCCGUGAAAGUGAUGAAGGUCUGGAGGCUAGCGCCGCCACUCUUCCGGCAGCAGUUUCUGGAAAACCUUCGGCAGGUGGAGAGGCAGGCUGCCAAAGGCCAUGCUCUUGUCCGCCAGCCUGACGGAAGGAAAUGGUUCUGGGCAUCUUCAGUCAAGCGAGAGAGCUUCAACAUGAUGAUCAACAUGGACAUCGUCAGACGAGUCAAGCGCAGCCACGACAGCGAAGGUGACGAAAUGCUAGCCUUGCAGAUGAUGUGCAUGCGCGACAGGAAGGAAUUCAACAUCCUGCGGUCUGACGAAAUGCUCGCUCUCAGACAGCGCAUCUUUACGAAGGAGGAGGACGUUCUCGAGUGCACCUUCCAUCCGAGAACUGCCGCCAAUGUGCCAGGCCACGUGUACAAAUUCCGGGAGCGAAUCUCCGAAAGGAUGGAUGCAUCCAAGGUGACUGGCGUUAAGGAUUUCGUGAAGGAACUGGGAGAAGAGUUCAAGGCCCACAAGUACCCCAACUACUGGAAGGUGUCCUCGCGUGUGGGACGAUCCGUGAUGUUGGUGGCCGUUUGUGGAUCUGGCAUCACGGCAGAGUGA